UUCAGGGGCGUAGACUUGAACCGCCCAGGGCGUGUACAUGCGAUGGGAUCCUUACACCUGUCAGAAGAAGGAUGGCGGACCUUUGGGAUUGCUUUGGCUUCCGGGGAUGACCCCGUACGAAUGUUCGAAGGGGCAUGGCAAAUAACCUGGCGGGAGGGGUUUGAGUUUGCAAAUCCGGAACGAGAUGACGUGACGGCUGAGGUAAAAGUCGCCGCGGCAGGGGUUUUUGAGCUGCCAAAUGAGGUCGUACGGAUGAGUAUACCACCCUUCCUACUAAGACGAAUGGGAGGCAUAGAACAAGUGGAGCAGGCGGUGACUACCGUAAAUAGGCUAAAUUUUGACGAAGCACUAAUGUAUCGAGAAGACUAUCGGGCCUUCCUAGAGAUGGGGCCUUUCGGGAAUGAACAAGGGCGCGAGGUGCUUUGUAUUCUAAGAGCAGCGGUAAAUGCUAGGCCAGGAGUGCCGCAAAUAAGUAAUGAGACGAUGUGGAGAGUCAUCCGGCGAGAGGUAGGUCGGGGCGCGGCCUACAUAGAUCAUCUCUACCGGUUGGUGCGAACGCAUAAUCCAAAGGGAAAUCGAGAUAGGGGAGAAUUAUCUAAUGGGGGUGGCUCAACUAUUCGAGGAGCCUACCGAACCGGAAGAGCCGCGAGGGCGAGAGCGGGAUUAGCAUCCACAGGCGGGUCAAUAGGACAGAUCGAGUACAACUCGCUGCAACUAGGCGAAAUGGCAACGGAGGAGGAGAUAAAUAACCGUAAGAGUGAAGGAGAACCAGACUUAGGAGGCAGUGCCGCACAAAGCGAAGGGGGGCAGAAGGACAGAGAAUCGAUAAAUCCGGAUGGCACCAAAAGGAACCGGAAGGAAAUCUCCACAGAAGAAAGCUCGGGGAAAGCCGGGGGAAGCAAGCAAGGGACCCAGGGGGCCAAGGAAGGCAGAAGAAAGGAUAGGACAAGCCCCCGAAACUCGGAAGGAGCCAUGCCUAAGAAAGUAAGGGUCACGGAUACGAGGCGCAGACUAGCCGAGAUAGACAAGAGGACCGCGGAAUACAAGGCAAAAUUGAUUGAGGAAAUGAUAACUGGGAACGAGGAAGGUCCUCUGCAGGAGGAACCCCGGGACGAACGGAAAGCCAACCAAGGUGGGACUGGACAAGGGGAUAAAGGUAGUGACCGUGGGGGAACGCCGAGCAAGAGAAGGAAAGAGAGAGAGAACUCUCCGGGGAUGGAAGCAGAAAAGGCUACGACUCCGCCAGCCAUGGAAAGUAGGGCUAGCCGCCUGCCGAUCACGCCAGCAGUAGCGCGAGGAUGCGAAGGACUUUGGAGCCUUAGGGAAAGAGUGUUGGGAUGGUUUAACCCGGAAGGAACUAUGAAAACCAGGGAGGGACAGAAGACCGACAAGGAAAGUCCGGAUAACAGUGUGGCAGGCGAGGCCAGCAGCUCCAGGGGCGGCCUUAAGAAGAUAGUGUCGUCCCUCGCGCGAGCACUAAACAAAAAUCAAGGCUAUCUGGCAUACGCCAAGAAAAAGUUGACUUUCGAUGGAGCAAACAUCACAGAGUUCCUGAUCGACUACGAGAACCUAGUUGCGUUAGUAAAGUGGACCGAGGAGGAAAAGAUGGACCAUCUAGGACAACAUGUGUCAUUAAGCCUAGGACGGGACAGAAUGGCCAUUGUAGUCGCAAGCCGGUCUUGGAAGGAGACCCGGGAUGUGAUGAUGAGGAAGUACCUAGCGGCAGAGAAAAUGGCAACGGAGGCCGACCUAGCGGCAGUUCAGAGGAAGAACUUCGCAACGUACAAUGAUUUCCUACGGGAAUUACUCUGCACGAUAACGGAUCUGGCUGAGAAAACGGUAGUAACAGAGACGUUGGCCUUGCUUAAGGAAGGAGAGAUUAUAGAUCUGAUCGGUAGGACGGGCAACAAGGUAAAAAAGGGGAUUGAAAGUCUACAUGAACGGGUGCACGGGUUCGACAAUAAGAUUGAAAGGAUGGAAGGCGCGCUACUGGUUAUGCAAGCGCAAGUAUCCCGACAUGCCCUCCCUCCCCAGGAAGCUGUGGUCCCGCCAGGUGUAGCAAACCGGGGAUUCAGACAGAGAGAUCCUGCUAACGAGCAAUGCAAGUACUGCACCGCGAUAGGACAUUAUGUGCGCGCAUGCGGGAUGCGGCGAGCCAUUAUCAUGCUCAACGGUCUAGAAAUAACAGCCGUAGAAGCCGAACCGGUGGGCGAGAUCAUCUGGGAUCAGCUACAGGGGCGCGGGGCGCAGGCCAACUUUAUUUUGGAAAGCGACGGACGUGACAGGGUGAACGCAACCACUCGACUGGGAACGGCCGGGAGAAAGAUUAACCAUGACACCAUUAUGGAGGAGGUCGUCGGAAGCUCCGAACCCCAGGCGGAGCCUGAGGCCGAGGAACCAGAGAAAGUCUAUGAGAAGCUUAGGGAAGAGGAGCCUGCGGACAAGGUUACCGCUGCUAAGAAGAAGUUCAGGUAUCAAAUCCCGAUCUUAACCUUGCCUGAGCUCGACGACACCAUUAGCAAGUUACUAGGAACCAUGGUGUCGGGGUCAGGGAAUCAGCGGAUGACCGUAAUGGAGGAAAUGUACCACGACAUAAUCCUCGGGAGACCAUGGUGCACGAACAUAGAGAUGAUAGGCAUGCACUUACACGAUGGCUCAUACAUGGUAGACAUAGAGGACCCUGUGAUCGGCCCGGGAGAGCUCCUCCGACUCCUUGGAACGGGAGGAGACCCCCCGAAGGGGAAAUUGGCAACAUGGUCGCCGUCGUUCGAGGAUAGCACGCGGAAAGGGGUUUUCGCACGGAAGGAGGGUAUGAGAGAAAGGGUAGAAAUCAUGAUUGAGGAAGCAUUCAACAAGAAGGAGUGGAUCAAGAUGGGCUUGCCCCAGAAGAAGAGGAGGCAGGAGGACGAAGUCCUAGGUGUUAUGGUAGCGGAAAAGGAGUCAGAGGUCGAACUUGGUGCUAGCCUGCCCAAACGGAAAGAAGUACGCAUAGACGUGCCGGAAAUCGCACUCGAGAUCCCCGAUCUAUUGCAACUCAUCAAGGCCCUCAGAUACCACAAGGUAGGAGUGGAUUCGGCAGCCUUGGCCAAGUUCGAAAGAGAGGUGCAAAAGGGAUAUUGCCUGAAUGGGAAACUAGACAUCAAGGACUUACUCCGACGGUUCCUAGUAUACAACAUUAUGGCUAGUGGACCGAGGAAUAUCCUAGCAGUACCCGAGGUAACUUUACGAGGAUUUCGUUGCGGUGCUUACGGCAGAAAGCCGGAUCCGGCAAAAACCGACAAGAUAUCACAAUGGCCGACAUCGUUGCGCACGACAACGGAGGUAAGGGCAUUCCUAGGCGUAGUCGGCUUUUGGAGGAUCUUCAUUAAGAACUUUGCCAAGAUUGCUGAGCCUAUCCGGGCUAUGAUCAGGGAAAAAGGAACCAUGGAUUGGACGGAGGAGCGAGAAGGAGCUGUCCAAAGGCUCAAGGACAUAUUGACAUCUGAGACAGUCGCCCUAUCCGCGCCUUGUUUUAAUGACGAAGUGGGACGACCCUUCAUCCUAGAGACGGAUGGAGAACCUUUGGUCGUAGGAGGUGUGUUGAUUCAAAGGGAUGAGAGAGGAAAAGAGAGGCCGAUUAGGUUCGAAAGUAGAACCCUGAACUCCACAGAACGGCGGUACUCGCAAUUCAAGAAGGAAGUCCUAGCCAUUCUGCAUUGCCUUAAGACCUUUCAGGCCUACCUAUUCAGGAGGCGGUUCAUCUCAAGGAUCGAUCCGACGAAUGUCGCAGGGGCUCUAAAGAAUCACAGGUCUAUAGAUCCGACGGUAGGGAGAUGGGUAGGAUUCGUCUGGCAGUUCGAUUACAAGAUCGAACGGAUUGCUGGAAUCCGCAACAAGGCAGAUGGGCUGAGUCGGGUUUGCAUCACUCCCGAAGGGAUGGAGGAUGCAGAGCCCAUAGACGCCUUCCACGAAUACGAAGGAGGGACUCUUGCGGUGGAUAACGAAAUGAUGAGCGAGGGAUGCACAUCGGGAGAACUAUUGAUCCAGACUUUGGAGAAGGGGGUACCUGCCGAAGGAAAGGAUGGGGGCAAGGAAGGAGAGGAGUUUUUCUAUGUCCAAUCAUACGAAAGGUUCUUUCGGGAGAUCGGUUUGUUAUUGGUAGGAAACAAACAACCUACGGAAAUCGGUAUUAAGGCAAGAGAAGAAGCCGAAAGGUACGUCCUAAGGGGCGGGCAUUUGUUCCGAAGCGAGGAAGGUGCUAUGCCCAGAAGGGUUGUGUGCGAAAGAUCUAGGCAAGUAGACGUUAUCCAGGCAAUGCACAACGGGUUAGCUGGAGGUCAUCGGUCGUCCAAAGGAACACUUGCAAAGAUAACGCCGCUCUAUUAUUGGCCAGGCAUGGCAGACAUGGUCGCCAUAUACUGUCAGACUUGUCUUAUUUGCCAAGAACGAAGCUCGGUACGAGUCUUCGAGCCGCUUAGACCAACGCGGGUGCUAGGGCCGGGACAUCUGGUCCACCUCGACCUUGCGGUCAUGCUUGUAUCAACGGAUGGGUACAGGUAUAUCCUAGAUGCGCGAGACAACUUGAGUGGGUUCGUGGAGCCAGUCGCCCUCAAGAAAAAGACAGGGAGGAAUGUGGCGGACUGGAUAGAAGACUUCUACUUAAGGCAUCCGUUCGUCAGGAGGUUUAUACCAGACAAUGGGACGAAAUUUGUGAACCAAGAAGUAUUGGGGAUGCUUAAGAGACUCUGCGUACCGAUCAAACUCAUCGAGCCGUAUCACCCUGAGGCCAAUGCACCUGUGGAAAGGGGGCACCGAACCUUGAAGAACACGAUUGCAAAGCUCGCAGCAGACCAUCUGGGGAACUGGCCUAGGUAUCUUAAGCAGGCUGUCUUUGCAGAGAAUAUGACUCCUAAAAGGACAACAGGAUGUAUCCCGACAGAGCUUUGAUACGAAAGAGAGAUCGAUUUUCCUGUGGAAGCCUUGGUACCUACCUGGAAUAGGUUAGAUGAUGAUCCGCAAAUGACCACUGAAGAGUUAAUCGAGGCAAGAUGUCAACAAAUCCUUAAGAAUGAG